AUGAAGGCACUAGUAGCUCAACUACAAUCAAAAUUUACAAUGAAAAGCUUGGGCGAAGCGCAUCAUUUCCUCGGCAUAAAGAUCGAAUCAUCUCCAUAUAAGUAUUUCCUGUCUCAAACUCUUUAUGCACAAUCGAUUCUAAACCUUGCCGAGCUGCAAAAAUGCAACUCGGUAGCUAAUCCUUUGGCAACCAAAAUACCAGAUGUCUCUCCCGCCGAUCAACCUUGCUUCUCAGCCAGCGCCUACCGACGUAUCAUCGGUUCACUCCAAUACCUUACACUGACUCGCCCGGAUAUAGCUUACGCAGUCAAUAUGCUUUCACAACAUAUGCACAAUCCAGAAGUUCAACACACUGCUCUGCUAAAGAAGUUGCUUCGGUAUAUACAAGGAACAUCGGCAUUCGGUCUUCCCAUCACACGAUCAAACCUGACACUUCGCACCUUCUCAGACGCUGACUGGGCGUCGGAUCCGAUCACGCGAAAAUCAACUACGGGAUUUUGUACAUUUCUGAGUGAGACAUUGGUAUACUGGACAGUUAAGAAGCAAGCGACUGUCUCUCGAUCAUCAACAGAAUCGGAAUAUAGAGCGUUAGCUUCAGCAACGGCGAAUACAAUCUGGAUAAAGAAACUCCUAGCUGAUUUUCUCAUUGAUCACCCUCAAUCAGUCGACCUAUUUUGUGACAAUACUUCAACCAUUGCGUUGGCAAAUAAUCCUGUUUUUCACGCACGAACAAAGCAUAUCGAAAUCGAUCAACGCUUUGUUCGGGAUCACAUUCAAAACAAGAUUAUUCGUCUGCUGCCAAUUAGCAGUGAAGAUCAAAUCGCGGAUAUCUUAACAAAACUGCUUUGUACACCUAGGUUCAAAAUUCUUCGCUCCAAACUGACCAUUGGACCCAAUUGUCCGUUUGAGGGGGAAUAUUAUAUUAGAAUACCUAAAACCAUUUAUCAUAUUAUGUAUUAA